CCAUUGGGCAGUUUGUGCAUCCAGAGUCAGUCUCACUUCGAGCAGGUGGGAAAAGCAAGCCACUCAUUGCUGACAUUGAAUUAAAUCCCCUACGCCAUGCCAUUUGAUUCUUUUAAUAUUCACUCAAAUCCUCGUUCGUCUUCAUCGCAACAGAAUGCGAUACCUGGAACGUCUACCACAGGAGGUAUAUUACAGGCUGCUGCAAAUCUAGGUAGUUUUGGUAUGCCUUCAUUGAAUUCUGGCGCAGGACAAUCAGCACCACCAACAACAUUUGGUUUACCGCAUCCAAAUUCUUCUAUGACGACCAAUAUAAACAAUACCUCAAUGAAUCAAUCCCAACAACACGAAACACCAAGGCGAACUCGACACGCGGACGAGCUGCAUUCAAGUAUGUCUGCGCAACGAGGCAAUUUAUCUCCAAGAGAUUACGGUGCAAGUGGUGCACGUAUAGCCCUAGAGCAAGCCACUCCUGACAUAUCCCAAUAUCCUGGUGCUUUACAACCAGGUAGACCAGGUCCGUUUUCCACAAAUACAGCACCUUCAUUACCUACAAUAUCGCAAGAUCAGUACUCAACCCCCUCACGAACCACAGGUCUUUCGCACAAUCAUACUCGAUCAAGCCCAGCGGCGGGGUUUGACAGCCAAGGUUUUGCAACAUUUCAAGCGACCACGCCGGGAGGUUCUGAGCAAAAUCAAUUCUCCUCUCCGACACAAAAGUAUACACCACAGAAUUCACAAAGGACUGUAUCCAAUACCCCGCUAGGCCUUGCGGACAUUCGACCACGCGCAGACUCGACACUUGCCGAAGGCGUACCUGGCGCCAAUCCAUAUUCAUAUGAUGGUACCAGCGCGACGCCUACCAACAGCAACUACCUCGCACCGUGGGCUCUAUAUGCGUUCGAUUGGUGUAAAUGGCCAGCGCAAAACAACGAUGCCGGGAAAGUCGCUAUAGGAAGUUAUUUAGAAGACGGCCAUAACUUCGUAAGUUUAUCGAUUUCAUUAUAGCUAGAGAAUAUAUGCGUUUGCCAAUGCUAAUAUUUCCUGUCAGAUUCAAAUUCUCGAUUCGCAAAUCGUACCCACUCAGUCCGAAUCCUAUGUGCCUGGUGCCCCAAAAUAUGGUCUUGAAUUUACAAAGAUCGCCGAAGCAACACAUUCGUAUCCUGUGACUCGGCUCCUGUGGGAACCACCUUCUACUCAAAAACAAUCUACAGAUUUAUUGGCUACUUCUGGUGACCAUUUGAGAUUGUGGUCUCUCCCAUCUGAGACUCCAGUUGCAACUCCCAGCAAUACUAUCGGAGGACGUUCUUCUAAUACUGGCCGAGACCUACCUCCCAGUAAACUUACACCACUAGCCUUACUUUCUAACUCCAAGACACCGGAGCAUACUGCUCCUUUGACCUCUUUGGAUUGGAACACUGUAUCACCUAGUUUGAUUAUUACUUCAAGCAUAGAUACCACAUGCACUAUAUGGGACAUCCCCACAUUAACGGCCAAAACGCAAUUGAUUGCACAUGACAAAGAAGUCUUCGAUGUCAGAUUUUGUGCAAAUAGUGUGGAUGUUUUUGUUAGUUGUGGAGCGGAUGGUAGCGUGAGAAUGUUUGACCUUCGAAGUCUGGAACAUAGCACUAUCAUUUAUGAGCCGACGUCAAAGGAUGAUAAAGGUAUGGAUUUCAAAAUUAGUCUUCGGGAUUUCACUAAUGUUGUUCUUAUAGAUUUGAGCCCCGGUGGGGGCAGAAUAAGUCCGACUUUAGCCCAGCAAACCAUGUCCUAUGCGCCCCCUCUACUAAGACUAGCUGCAUCACCACAUGAUACUCAUCUUCUUGCUACUUUCUCACAAGAUUCUAACAUCAUUCGUAUUUUGGAUGUUCGACAGCCUGGACAAGCAUUACUUGAGUUACAAGGUCAUUCGGCAGCUAUAAAUUGCAUAGAAUGGUCUCCAUCUAGGAGAGGUACCCUUGCUUCUGGGGCUGAUGAUUCUCUAGUUCUUAUCUGGGAUCUACUGAGCCAAAAUACUGGUCUCCCCGCGGGGCCUAGCAUGAACGGUGCACCGGUCCCGGAUAAUUCUAGAGGACCUUCCGCUAGUUGGCAAUGUGAUUAUGAAGUGGGAAACAUCAGCUGGGCGCCUCGAAGCAAUUUGAACAAUAAUGGGAAUGGCGACUGGCUCGGGGUAAGCGGAGGUAGGGGUAUUUGGGGCGUGAAGCUGUGAUGAUUUUGGUGAUUUUGAUGGGCUUUCAAGUCAGCUUUGAGAUGGGAGCGUAACGUUAUCGCGUAUCAAAAGCCUGGAGUUUGGUUUUCUGGAGAUCGCAUCUACAAUAUCCGAGUAUUUAUGAUAUUGUACUCAGUGGGGUUCAUGCAUGAUAGGUGUGAGGUGACUGGUCACUUUAGAACCGCAAAUACGAGCAAAGUCACAUGGCCGAAACUGAAUCGCUCACAAAGGGUUCGAACUUUUUCAUCAAGCAAUGGAUCGCUCUCUGAUGAGAUACUCGAACACGACUGGUCAUAUUAUAAUAUUGGCACCUUCGACGCCCCAUACCAUUAAUACUGCCUUCCCCCACACUUUACGAGCGCUCAGGUCUUCCAGUGCUUUUACAACACUUUCCAGACUAUUAUAGUUAUGAUCAAAUACAAUGGGCUUCGCGAGACCUGUUUUCGACAUCUCAUUGGGCCUAUUUCAUGGUUGCAAUGUCGCUUCUGGACUCAGGCCAUCUGUCUCUCCAAAAUGCGGCAAUCAAUAACUUCACCUCAAUCAAUCUAUGCAAUGGGUACUUACGUAGCCAAUGAUCUUCGCCUGCUUUAAAAGAACUUUAUGCAUAGCUACCUUUUCUAAAUUUCCUUCUCUACCCGCGAACAUAACGGCCAGUAUGUGCCCUUCAUCCCUUAAGCACUUCAGACUCAAAUCGAUUAGUCCUACCAAAUCAAAAAUCAAAUCAACAUCUUUACCACCCGUUUGCUCUAAGAUGUUCUUCCGCCAUUCUUGGUCUCCAGAAUUGUCCACACAUUCAUGAGCACCAAAUAUGCGUGCCACUUCUAGUUUCUCCUUUAUGCAAGCAGUUGCUAUAACUUUCACUUCAAAUGCUUUACUAUCUGUACAGGCAUCAAUCUCAGCCCUCCAGCCGUCGCAUGCAUGAGUACUAUCCCCCCAUCCUCAAAUCCUCCCUGGCUGCAACUAUAUCAUAGCUAACAAGCGACGUAGCACCAAGACUUGCGGAAGCUUGAAAUUUCAUCCUUGCUGGGAUGUGAUGUGUUAACAAUUCUUAACGGAUAUCAUUGAUACAUGGGAUCCUUAGCCGCGGUCAUACCCAUGAUCACUUGGCGAGUAUCGACUGCCUUUGGGCGCUGAAAUUACGUUGUCAGGAACUCGAGGUCAAGUAUUACAGUGGUAUUAGGAAAAAUUUGUUGUUUUGGUGUUUACCAUGAGCCUAUGAAACUUCAGGUGAAUGAGUGCUCCUUUUAGCAAAACCUCGAGUAUCAAGUAGAAUUAUAUUUUUCUGUAUAGAUCAAUUUUCCGGGGCAAGGAAGGAUAAGUGAAAUGUGCAUGAG